AUGCAUAUAUCUCCACGGCUGAUGGUUGCUGAUAUCAAGGUCCAAGGGUGUAAGAUAAGGUUAAUAUCAGCAUAUGCGCCAACGGAAGACAAACCACUAUCUAUCAAACAAAAAUUCUAUAGAGAGCUUAAUAACAUCUGCAAGGUGGAAAAGAACCGAAAAUUAAUUAUUCAAGGUGAUUUUAACGCCACCUCCUCCAUCUGCUGCAGAGCGUCUUCAUUUAGUGGCCGAAACUACAAAGCUUCAGAAGAUGAAACGUGUAACGAAAACGGAGGAAUUUUCCUCGACUUUUGCAAGAAAAACAAUUUUUCAAUAUUAAACACCUGGUUUCAGCAUAAAGAGGCACAGCGAAUUACAUGGCACAGCGCGGAUGGUAGAACCAAGAAAGUGUAUGAUUUCAGCAUCUCCGAGUCUUGGCUCCGACAGUUUGUUAAAGAUGUGAGAGUUAAAAACUCAUAUUUCUAUUCAGACCACAGACUUCUCGUAACCAAGCUCGCCACGCCAUCUAAUAAACCUGCAAGAUGGUCACAGAAAAAGAAAGGCCGAAGCAAAGUUGAAUUUGGCUAUCUGCACAACGAUAGUUUUAAACAAGAAGCACAGGAAAUAAUAAAGCUGUCUUUCGUAAACAACAAUAUCAAAAACAUAAAUAUAAAUGAGCAACACGAUAUCUUAAUCCAUACGUUACAAAAAAGUAAAGACAAACUACCAAUAAUUAAGAAACCCAGACACACAAUUCCUUCCUACCUGAUAGAUGAAAGGUAUCAGUCACUUAUCAAACAACGAAAAGUAUUAAGGUGUCAAAAAAAUGAAAAUAACAAAACUAAACUCAAAGAAAUAAACAAGCAAAUAAAACAAGCAACCAAAGAAACAAAAAGCAGAAUGCUAAAAGAGGAGGGACAUAAACUCAAUGAUGCAAGACAGCAUAGACAUGUCACAAAACUAUGGCGCAAUGCAAAGACGCAUGGGAAAUUUAUCAAUACCAAACCCCGAAAUAAUGUAUGCUCAGGUCUUGCAAAACAUUUUAAAGAACAAUUUAACCCAGACCAUUCACACCUGACAAUGCCAGACGAUAUCAAAAACCCACCAGAGUGCAUCACAAAGCUGCAGAACCACGUAAACGAUAUAAACAAUUUACCUCCUACACUACCCGAAAUUAAAAUUGCUAUAAACAGUCUGAAUAACGGAAAAGCUUCUCUGGAUGUCGAAGGAGAUAUCCUAAAAAUUGCCAUAGAAUCACAAGAAUAUUGUGAACGUCUUGAAACAUACCUCCGGAAAAUAUGGGAAACGAAAGAAAUACCAAGUCGAUGGGGAGAAAGCAAAAUAACACCACUCUGGAAGAAAAAGGGAAGCGCACUCGAUGCAAAACAAUUCUCACAAAGAAACAGGAUACCAAACGACCAGACAACCGACAAUAUUGACAUCCUUGAAAAUAUGUACAGUUCCACAUCAGCUUACUUAACAAAUGAAGACCCAAUAACGGAUUCUUUCGAAACAACUGCCGGAGUAAGACAAGGUGGCAACGAAGGUCCUAAUCUGUUCAAUCUAUACAUGGACUAUGCGUUGAGGAUAUUUAAAGACAGAUGCGAAAAGGCAGAUAUUACUCUUUCAAUUCCAUAUUUAAUACCUAACGAGGCAACAAAUCGAACACAAAGAGCAGCAUAUACAUCUAAAGGAUUCUACAAUUUUAUUGAGGGGGGAUAUGCCGACGGCUUAAGUGUAAGUAGCUGGUCAUCGGAUGAAUUAAACCAAAUAUUAAAGUUACUGCACAAAAUUUUUAGUGAAUUCGGAUUAGAAAUAAAUCAUUUCAAAACAGAUACCAUGAUCUGGAACUGGGAUGAAACUAAAGAUGGCCAAUACCCAGAAAGCUUUAUCACUAUUAACAAUAACAGUAUCUGUAACUCAAAGGUGUUUAAAUAUCUAGGUGUCUGGAACACGUUUAACAACAUUCACAUUGGUCAAAGGGAAAUCGAUCACAGACUUUCUAGUGCUAGGGCGGCUUUUUCUGAAUACAAACAUUUGCUU